AUGUUUGGGGUGAUAGCUAGUCUUAUAAAGGAGGGCAUGAGAAUCGCUGUUAAAUCAUGGGAUGAACUGCAUUCAAAAUCUCCAAAAAUUCGUGGAAUUCUUCCAACGAAUACGUCCACACUCCGAAAAUGUCGUCAAGAUACCGAAGAUAAAGUACAGGUCUCUGAACAGGUCAAACCUAUCUCCUCAAUACCCUUAGACCAAGAUGGUGAUGAAGAAAUAGAAGAAAAAUGUAUUGCAGAAUCCUGUAAUUUCCUGACUAUGGGGAGAUUAUAUUGUGUGGAGCUUGAAGAACCCGAAGAGGAAAGAAGAGACGGGCCUGGAUUCUGCGUGUCCCCUGGCCCCACCUUUUUAACCAAAAAAGAAGGGGAAGACGACGAUGAAGAUUCCACCAUAAUUCCCCCCUCUACUUCAGAUGCCAUCAUCUCCACCCUGGCUGUAAUCAACGCUCCUGUUGAAACUUUAAGUCAAGAGGAAUGGGAGACAGUGAAAGAGGUCUGCACCAUUCUGGAGCCCUUUGAGGAGGUGACUGUGGAGAUAAGUGCAGAAAGCUAUGUCACAGCCUCCAAAAUGCUUCCUCUCUGCAAGGGUCUACAGCGGGUAACAGCCCACCACCAACGGAGUGUAACAGUGGAUAAAGUAAAGGAGCUGGCCACCGCUCUUUCUUCAUCCAUGGACAGAAAAUUUCUGAGGAUGGAGUACAACACUGUGCUUUCAGAAACCACUGCUCUGGACCCCCGGUUUAAAAAGGUAGCAUUUAGUGACAACAGAGCUGUGGAUGAGGCAUUUCAAAGAAUAAAUGCAGCAGCAGCAAGAUGCAACCCCAGCAGCCUGUCUGCUCCUCCAUCAGAGGGCCAAGAGGAAGAAAUUGGAGCAGGGCCGUGUUCACAGGAACCACAAGCUUCUGCUGUGUGGAGGCUCUUUGACAAAAGAGCAACAGGAGACACUGCAAGGAGAAAUCCCACAGCUGAUGCUGUGCUGGAGUUGAGGUCCUAUCUUGAGGAGCCCCUCAUCCAAAGAGCUGAAGACCCACUGAGCUGGUGGGAGGCCAAGGCUGCAGUCUACCCACGCCUGGUUAAGGUAAUGGUAGGAAGACUUUGCAUUGUCGCUACAUCGGUCCUCUCAGAAAGAGUCUUCUCAAAAACAGGACAAAUAAUCACGGAGAGGAGAAAUCGCAUCAGCCCAUCUAAGCUGAGGCAUCUGGCAUUUCUGAAUGCCAACCUGGCCUAAAAACUUUUAUUCAAAGAGUCAUAGUGUUGUGUUGUUGUUGAGUUUGGCCAUUAUUUAAUGUGUUUGCUGUGGUUUUGUGUUAAGUUGUUCAU